UCGUUUUCAACAAGUCUUCAUUCCUCGUCACCACCGGCGGCCUUCUUCUCGCCGGCACAGCAGCAGGGAUUUUUGAGGAACGCAACAAUUUCACUGCAAUUGAUACUUUUAUGAGAAUACAGGUGGCAGAGAAUAAGGAUCAAAGGUCACUAAUGCCGAGGGUUACCACAUUGUUGCUAAAGGGUAAGAGGGCUUUGCAAGAUCUAGAACUGCUCAAAGUCUUGCAAUCAGAGAUCAGACAUGAGCUCUCUAAUGAUCCUUACAAGAAUGAAACUGGAUCUUUGGGAGAUUUUGUGAUGGAUUGGGAUUCACCACAUUCCAAAGACGUAAUCAUGCGGAAAAAUUGUGGGUCUGAUGAGGAGCUUGCUAUUUCUGCAUUGCUAGGCGAGGAAACCUUUCUAGGAGAUGAUUGUUAUCCCAAGGAAGCUGAGAUGAAGGUAUGCAUCAAGAAGGCUGGAUUGAGCUCUAUACUACAAUUUGAUUGCAAAGUUCUAGACAAUGGUCAAGAUAAAAUUGACUUCCAUAUUCAGAAUGCCUAUUAUCUGAAAUCACCUACCAAUUUGGGCUCUUCAGCAUACAGAGGACCUGUGUUCUGGAGCUUGGACCCUGCUUUGCAACUAGAGCUGAAGCAGUAUCUGAUCUCCAGAGGAAUUGGGGAAAGUCUGACCAGCUUCCUUCUAUUCCACCUACACAAGAAGGAGCAGAAUCAGUACAUAAAGUGGUUGCAGAAGUUGGAAGCCAUGGUGUCAAAAAGCUGACUGAUUCUGGUCUAACUAUAUCCCGCUUGUAACCAUCCUAUGAUUGAUAUGAUAUCAUGGAUCAUAUGCUGCCUUAAUCAUAUCAAGGGAUGGUGUUGACUAUUGAGGAUUGACUCACUACUUGAGUUUGCACAAUACGAGUUCAUCAUCACAACACUGAAAUAAAUAAACAGUAGUGAGUUUAUUACAUUGUAUUCAAGUAUGAAAUAUAAAUUAGGAGUUCUUUUGGUUUGUUUUCGUUUUGUAAACAAGUUGCAAGAUUUCUUGGCCAACGUAGUACCUUUUUUCUUGUAUAUUAUUCAUGGU